GAUGGCACCAACCUGUUUCUAAGGUAUUGCUUUACUCAAUUUUAAACUAAGAGCUUGUGUUUGUCAAGCAUUUGCAAUUGUAUUUCUGUUCAUUUGCAAGUUAUUUUCUCUUCUUCUGAAAAAGAGAACCUGAAUUUGGACUCAUAUCAAGAUGCUCUGAAGAACAACAACUCUUUAGGAUAGCCACUGCAACAUCAUGACCAAAGACAAAGAACCUAUUGUUAAAAGCUUCCAUUUUGUUUGCCUUAUGAUCAUAAUAGUUGGAACCAGAAUCCAGUUCUCCGACGGAAGUGAAUUUGCAGUAGACAAGUCAAAAACAGGUCUUACUCGUGUUCCAAAAGACCUACCGCCAAAAACCAAAGUCUUAGAUAUGUCUCACAACUCCAUAGCUGAGCUUCAGGUCUCUGACAUGAGCUUUCUGUCAGAGCUGAAAGUUUUGAGACUUUCCCAUAACAAAAUCCAGCUACUUGAUUUAAGCGUUUUCAAGUUCAACCAGGACUUGGAAUAUUUGGAUUUAUCUCAUAAUCAGUUGCAAAAGAUAUCCUGCCAUCCUAUUAUGAGUUUCAGGCAUUUAGAUCUCUCAUUCAAUGACUUCAAGGCCCUGCCUAUCUGUAAGCAAUUUGGCAACUUGUCACAACUGAAUUUCUUGGGGUUGAGUGCUAUGAAGUUACAAAAAUUAGAUUUGCUGCCAAUUGCUCACUUGCAUCUAAGUUACAUCCUUCUGGAUUUAAGAAAUUAUUAUAUAAAAGAAAAUGAGACAGAAAGUCUACAAAUUCUGAAUACAAAAACACUUCACCUUGUUUUUCACCCCUCUAGUUUAUUCUCUAUCCAAGUGAACAUAUCAGUUAAUACUUUAGGGUGCCUACAACUGACUAAUAUUAAAUUGAAUGAUGACAACUGUCAAGUUUUCAUUAAAUUUUUAUUAGAACUCACCAGAGGUCCAACCUUACUGAAUUUUACCCUCAGUCACAUAGAAACAACUUGGAAAUGCCUGGUGAGAGUCUUUCAAUUUCUUUGGCCCAAACCUGUGGAAUAUCUCAAUAUUUACAAUUUAACAAUAAUUAAAAGCAUUCGUGAAGAAGAUUUUACUUAUUCUAAAACGACAUUGAAAGCAUUGAAAAUAGAACAUAUCACGAACCAAGUUUUUAUCUUUUCACAGACAGCAUUGUACACCGUGUUUUCUGAGAUGAACAUUAUGAUGUUAACCAUUUCAGAUACACCUUUUAUACACAUGCUGUGUCCUCAUGCACCAAGCACAUUCAAGUUUUUGAACUUUACCCAGAAUGUUUUCACAGAUAGUAUUUUUGAAAAAUGUUCCACGUUAGUUAAGUUGGAGACACUUAUCUUACAAAAGAAUGGAUUAAAAGACAUUUUCAAAGUAAGUCUCAUGACUAAGGAUAUGCCAUCUUUGGAAAUACUGGAUGUUAGUUGGAAUUCUUUGGAAUCUGGUAGACAUAAGGAAAACUGCACUUGGGUUGAGAGUAUAGUGGUGUUAAAUUUGUCUUCAAAUAUACUUACUGACUCUGUUUUCAGAUGUUUACCUCCCAGGAUCAAGGUACUUGAUCUUCACAACAAUAAAAUAAAGAGCAUUCCUAAACAAGUCAUAAAACUGGAAGCUUUGCAAGAACUCAAUAUUGCUUUCAAUUCUUUAACCGACCUUCCUGGAUGUGGCAGCUUUAGGAGCCUUUCUGUGUUGAUCAUUGAUCACAAUUCAGUUUCCCACCCAUCAGCUGAUUUCUUCCAGAGCUGCCAGAAGAUGAGGUCAAUAAAAGCAGGGAACAAUCCAUUCCAGUGUACCUGUGAGCUAAGAGAAUUUGUCAGAAAUAUAGAGCAAGUAUCAAGUGAAGUGGUAGAGGGCUGGCCUGAUUCUUAUAAGUGUGACUACCCAGAAAGUAAUAGAGGAACCACACUAAAGGACUUUCACAUGUCUGAAUUAUCCUGCAACAUAACUCUGCUGAUCAUCACCAUCGGUGCCACCAUGCUGGUGUUGGCUGUGGCUGUGACCUUCCUCUGCAUCUACUUGGAUCUGCCCUGGUAUCUCAGGAUGGUGUGCCAGUGGACCCAGACCCGACGCAGGGCCAGGAACGUACCCUUAGAAGAACUCCAAAGAAAUCUCCAGUUUCAUGCAUUUAUUUCAUAUAGUGAACAUGAUUCUGCCUGGGUGAAAAAUGAAUUGGUACCUUACCUAGAGAAAGAAGGUAUGCAGAUUUGCCUUCAUGAGAGAAACUUUGUUCCUGGCAAGAGCAUUGUGGAAAAUAUCAUCAACUGCAUUGAGAAGAGUUACAAGUCCAUCUUUGUUUUGUCUCCCAACUUUGUCCAGAGUGAGUGGUGCCAUUAUGAGCUCUACUUUGCCCACCACAGUCUGUUUCAUGAAGGAUCUAAUAACCUAAUCCUCAUCUUACUGGAACCCAUUCCACAGAACAGCAUUCCCAACAAAUACCACAAGCUGAGGGCUCUGAUGACGCAGAGGACUUAUUUGCAAUGGCCCAAGGAGAAAAGCAAACGUGGGCUCUUUUGGGCUAACAUUAGAGCCACUUUUAAUGUGAAAUUAACACUAGUCACUGAAAACGAUGUGAAAUCUUUAAAAAAAUUAGAAAACUCAAGAAACCAUAUUUACUUGGAUGAUGGUGAACAGUACAGUUCUAAGUAACCUCCAUUAUCCUCAUGCCUUCAGGAAAGACUUAACAAAAACAACGUUUCAUCUGGGGAGUUGGGCUAGGUGGUGAGGUGGUACUCAACUUGCCAGUUAGAGACAGCCCGGUCUCUUCCGGUUUAGUCAUUAUGUCUCAAAUUGGAACAGUCUCUUUUGAGUAAAUUCUCAGUUUUUCAGCUCCUCUCCACUCUGCUUUCCCAAAUGGAUUCUGUGUGAGCAAGAGUUUAUAUGGCUUCAUGGCAGUAAGGAAACAGUCAACUUCAGUGUCAUAUGCACUGGUCCUCAGAGUGCCCUGUGAAUCCUAUUGGUUUCUUGGUCAGCAUCAUCAUUCUCUUCAAGUUUGGGCUUGGGGAAAAAAUUAGAUCAGCUACGGCAUAUAAAAAAGUCUUUUGUUUCACAUAUGUGUAAUAACUUAUUUAUUUUUUUAUCCUGCUACACAAAUAUGUAAUUAACCAAUGAGAACUCAUGAUGUAAUAGUGUAUGUAUGUAAAGGGAAAUAUGGACUUCGUCAUAAGCUGUUGAGGUGAAAGACGUGGAUUUACCUGCUUUCCAAGAAAACUCAGGGCCAAAUUUAUUUGUAACUGGGUAUUGAAUGGGACUUUUCUGGUUGUCUUAGAAUUCUGGCUAAAGCCUCAAAGCUAACAAGACAGUAACUGCACCCACAUGAUACUAGACACAGCCAGCCUGGAAGAGCAGAAGGAGACCAAUGACUCCCAGUCUGUAUUAUCCAUCUCUAGGAGACUAGAGUCAAAAGCAUGAUUAAAGAGUCAUUAAGCGGAGGUUCUAGACCAUAGGGAGGUUGCUUUGAAUUUCUUGCAGACAAGUGUGAGGGACUCUAAGCACAGUAGAAGGUAGCCUGGCAUCCCACUCCAAGACUGAAAGCUUGCAGAGUAACAGGAGCACACGGGUUCAGUGCAGCAAAUGUGGUGUGGCUUGAGAACUCUUGGAAGAGCUUGAUGAGUGUUUGCUGGAGUUUGGGAUGAGGGUGGGCACUGGGAACACAGAGACUGGUAAAUAGUGCUUAGCAAAUACAAGUGCUUGAUAAAUA